UUAGGUAUUUACUAGUUUCCAUUCCUUGAGAAGAUUCACGAUGAUGCUUGGCGGCACGGCACCAAGUCUUAGGCAGUCGAGGAGAGCUGGGAUCCAGCCUCUAAUCAGGAGCUCCGCAGUUGCAAAUGGCCGCGCACACUCGACUCGCGAGCAACAAUCUCUCCCGCAAAACUAUGUACAGAUCCUCGACACCACCCUGAGAGAUGGCGAGCAAUCUCCGGGAGUGUGCUUCUCCAUCCAGCAGAAGCUCGACAUCGCCGAGCGCCUGGCCAGGCUGCGAGUGGACGUGAUCGACGCGGGAUUCCCCGCGACAUCGCCUCAGGAGUCGCGGGCAGUGGAGCUCAUCGCUCGCCAGGUCGGGAGCUACAAACAAGACGAAGAUCUGCAUCGUGGUCGAGACGAAGAAGGUCAAGGCGAAGAACAACACGUGCCAGUGAUUUGCGGACUCGCGCGCUGUGUCAAAUCCGACAUUGAUGCUGCUUGGAGAGCCAUCCGAUACGCCCACAAGCCGCGAAUCCUGGCCUUCAUUUCCACCAGCGACAUCCACAUGAAGCACAAGCUCAACAAAUCGCCCUCGCAAGUUCUCGCCACCGCCGCGGAGAUGGUGGCCUACGCCAAAUCCCUGGGCUGCCACGACAUCCAGUUCGGUGCCGAGGAUUCUGGGAGAUCCGAUCCAGAGUUUCUGUGCGAGAUUUUCGAGGCCGUGAUCGAGGCCGGAGCUACCUCCGUUGGGAUUGGAGACACUGUUGGUUACUUGUUUCCAUCCGAGAUCGCCAGCCUCGUCAAUCGAGUGAAACAGGGGACCCGGGGAAUCGAGGGAAUAACCGUUUCCUGUCAUUGCCACAAUGAUCUUGGCCUCGCCACGUCCAACACGCUCGCGGCAGCGCUUGCGGGAGCUCGCCAGCUAGAAGUUUCCAUGAAUGGCAUUGGAGAGCGAGCUGGAAACGCGUCACUCGAGGAGGUGGUGAUGGCGAUGAAGUGCCGCAGUAGAGAUCCACUCUUGCAAGGUCUUUACACGGGGAUUGAAACCAAGCACAUAUAUCCAACAAGUCAAGCGGUCGCAGACUACGCUGGAAUGCUCGUCCAGCCAAACAAAGCCAUCGUUGGAGCCAACGCGUUUGUUCACGAAAGUGGAGUCCACCAAGAUGGUAUUCUCAAGAACCGGGCAACUUACGAGAUUUUAUCACCAAGCGAUAUCGGACUCGUUCAAACACACGCCGAACACAUAGUCCUCGGGAAGCACAGUGGCAAGCAUGCCCUCAGUGCACGUUUGACAAAGCUGGGAUAUAAUCUCGACACGGAAGCGUUAGGCGAGGUUUUCAUGAGAUUCAAGGCAGUGGCCCACGAGAAGAAGAUUGUCACAGACACAGACUUAACAGCACUGGUGGUGGGCGAAAAACUUUAAGCGUCGGACAUACAACAAGUUGUGACUAUGAUUUUUGUUGGAAUUCUUAAUAAUUUGCUGCUAGAAGAAUGAUAAUUUAUAAUCACUUGCUUAACCGCU